AUGGCGAAGGACGAGCUGCCAUCAUCCUCCAGCGCUGGCAAGGGAAAAGCAGAGGACACGAAGGAAAUAAAUGGACCGAAGAAUGAGAGUAAGGAUGGCAAGCCUGCCGUAAAUGGCAAAAAGGAAGAGGAGCCUCAAGAAGAGGAACUUAACGAGGAAGACCAACAGCUUAAGAAUGAGCUUGAGAUGCUCGUUGAGAGGCUGCAGGAGUCCGACACAUCCCUCUACAAACCGGCUCUCGAGGCCAUCAAAACUUUCAUCAAGACCUCCACUUCUUCCAUGACCGCAGUACCCAAACCACUUAAAUUCCUCAGACCGCACUAUGACGACCUUGCUAAGGUAUAUGAGGAGUGGACACCUGGCGACGACAAGGAUUCUCUCGCCGAUAUUCUAUCAGUGUUAGGAAUGACAUAUGGAGUUGAGGACAAAUUAGAAACCCUUAAAUACCGCCUGCUCGCGAAAUCGAACGAUCUCGGAUCAUGGGGCCACGAAUAUAUUCGCCAUCUUGCUCUGGAGAUAGGUCAGGAAUAUCAAAACCGGUUGACAGAUGACAAGGACGUACAGGACCUCGUUGAUCUCUCCUUAUCCCUCGUCCCCUACUUCCUCAGCCAUAAUGCCGAGGCCGAUGCAGUCGACUUGUUAAGCGAGUUAGAGAUGAUCGAAGAAUUACCCAGAUUCGUGGACGAAAACACGUAUCCGCGAGUUUGUCUUUACAUGGUUAGCAUGGUCAACCUCCUCACGUAUCCAGAGGACCACCAGUUUUUACGCACAGUCCACGACAUUUACCUCCAGUACAAGAAGCUCACGCAAGCUAUUGUUAUCGCCAUACGCCUCAAUGAUAUCGAUCUGAUUAAGAGCGAUUUCCAAGCAACAACGGAUAAGGCUAUAAAGUAUCAAAUGGCAUUCUUGGUUGCUCGUCAACGGAUAUGGCUUGAUCUUGAAGAAGAAGAUGACCUGCAACUGGUGGACUGUCUCAACAACACCGCGCUGCCUACUCACUUUAAGUCCCUUGCAAAGGAACUUAACAUCCUUGAGCCAAAAAUGCCGGAGGAUAUCUAUAAAACUCAUCUCGAAAAUAACCGAGGAAGUCUUACUAAUGUUGACUCUGCACGACACAACCUUGCAAGCGCCUUCGUUAACGCUUUCACCAAUGCUGGCUUCGGAAACGACAAGAUGAUGCUGGUUGAAGGAGACAAGGGACCUUGGGUUUGGAAAACAAAAGACGAUGGUAUGCUGUCAACCGCAGCUUCGUUGGGUAUGCUUCUUCAGUGGGAUGUGGAAGAAGGGUUGAACCAAAUAGACAAAUUUACCUAUGCAGAGGAAGAGCAGAUCAGAGCAGGAGCACUUCUCGGAAUUGGUAUUCUCAAUGCAGGUGUCAGAGUCGACUCCGAUCCUGCAUUGGCUCUUCUCGGCGAAUACGAAAACCUUGAGAACAAGAGCGUUCCGAUGAGGAUAGCGUCCAUCAUGGGUCUUGGUUUAGCAUAUGCUGGAUCUUGCAAAGAGGAACUGCUUGAGCUGCUUCUCCCAAUUGUGGAGGAUGUCACUGUUGAUAUGCAAAUUUCCGCCAUGGCCGCCGUUUCACUUGGUAUGAUUUUUGUCGGCUCGUCGAACCACCAAGUUAGCGAGUCCAUUGCCACAACAUUGAUGGAUGAGGAGAGGCAAAAGCAUCUCAAGGACAAGUGGACCCGAUUCAUGGCACUCGGUCUCGCACUCCUAUACUUCGGAAGACAGGAGGAAGUCGAGGUCAUCUUGGAUAUCCUCAAGGUUAUUGAGCACCCAAUGGCGAAACCAACCUCUGUCCUAGCAUCCGUUUGUGCGUGGGCUGGAACCGGCACCGUCUUGAAACUCCAAGAGCUUCUUCAUAUCUGUAACGAGGUCUUUGAAGACAAGGAGGAAAAUAAGGGUGAAGAGCUCGUGCAGUCAUAUGCCGUCUUGGGCUUGUCUUUAAUCGCCAUGGGCGAGGAGAUUGGCCAGGAUAUGGUUCUACGACAAUUCGGCCAUCUGAUGCACUAUGGCGCGGCAAACAUUCGAAAGGCAGUGCCCCUCGCUAUGGGUUUGAUCAGCCCUAGCAACCCUCAGAUGAAGGUGUACGAUACUCUCUCGAGGUACAGUCACGACAACGACAACGAUGUCGCUAUCAACGCCAUCUUCGCGAUGGGUUUAUUGGGUGCAGGAACUAACAACGCUCGAUUGGCGCAACUCCUCCGCCAACUCGCAAGCUACUACCAGCGUGAUCAACACUCCCUCUUUAUGGUCCGUAUCGCUCAGGGACUUCUCCAUAUGGGUAAGGGAAGCAUGUCGGUGAACCCAUUCCAUACUGAUCGUCAAGUUCUCUCGCGAGUUGCUGCCGCUGGUCUCUUGACUGUUCUUGUGGCCAUGAUCGAUGCAAAGGACUUCAUCCUGGCCGACUCCCAUUACCUCCUCUACUACCUUGUUACCGCCAUGAACCCGCGAUUCCUCAUCACUCUAGACGAGGACCUAAAACCACUUACAGUCAACGUUCGUGUCGGUCAGGCUGUCGAUGUCGUUGGCCAGGCCGGAAGACCUAAGACCAUCACUGGCUGGCAAACACAGAGUACGCCGGUACUAUUAUCGUAUGGAGAGCGAGCAGAGCUGGAAGAUGAAGAGUACAUCUGCCUAAGCAGUACGCUUGAGGGCCUUGUAAUUUUGCGAAAGAAUCCUGAAUGGGAGGAAAGCUCGACAUGA